UACUCGGUCUUGAGGUACCUUGAGUGUCCGCUAUGAAUGGUGUUUGUAUAGAUCAGCUUCAUUUGCGAAUUUUAAAGUUUCAAAGGAUUAACCAAACAAAGGGCCCAGUUAGGGCCAAGUUUGUUAGGGUAAUGAAAGGGCGGAGUCUAAAUUAGUUUCCGAAUUGGAAGCCUCCAAAUUGGGUUCAAAAUAUGGUAGAAUCGAAAUUGCAGACAAGAAGAAGAAAAGAAAAAGAAGAUGAUAAUUCCGGUGCGGUGCUUCACUUGCGGCAAGGUGAUCGGUAACAAAUGGGACACUUAUCUCGAGCUUCUACAAGCAGACUAUCCCGAAGGGGAGGCAUUGGAUAUGUUAGGGUUAGUACGGUACUGUUGUCGGAGGAUGCUUAUGACUCAUGUGGAUCUCAUCGAGAAGCUUUUAAACUAUAACACCAUGGAUAAGUCUGAAAUCAUCUAGCCAAUUAUGGGGAAUUGCCAACACAAGAUUUCUGCAAUUCAUUGAUUUAAUUUGUUGGAGAUUUUUUAGUUUUCUCGCAAAGAGAAACUAACGCGAUGAGUUUCUCUUACUAUUAUUAUUAUUAUUAUUAUUAUUUUACUGACACUUUCUUUAAAUAGAUUAAAUUAUAAAAAUUUGCUCUGGAAACGUUGUCAUACACAAACUAUCAAAAAUACCCUCACGAGUCACGUCUUAAUUUAAUAUUAUUAUCGUUUGUUUUAUAGGAUUUGGAAAAAAGUUCAAAUCUCAUAGACCUGCAAAAACAUAUAUACAUUCAUAUCCUAACAUAUCCUAAUUUAAAUUAUCAAAUAAAAUUGUUUGAUUUUUUU